GUGGAGACCAUGUCUGGGGAGCUAAGAAACUGGAAUAGGGGUGGACGGAGGGCCAGGCCAGGACUGGAAUAGGGGGAACGCCAGGGAGUGGAGAUGGAUGGAUGAGUGAGAUUUUAGAUGCUCAAAUGAGUGUCCCCAACCCUUCCUUCAACCUCCCCACCCUGUCCUCAUGACCCCUCAGUAAGCCUCAAGGGCCCCCAAAGGGGUAGCAAACCUGACCCGGGUCCCCUUUCCCCGGCUGGGUGCAAUGUACGCAUGUAGGCCCUAAGCACAACUCCCUGUGCUUAGGUGUGUUCAGUUCCAUAGCAGAUUCGGGCGUCUAGAGUGGAUCGGGGACCCAGGGAGGGCCGCCCCCCGGGCCUGGUGGCACUGAGCAGGGCCCCCCAGCCCCCACCUCCUGCCCCACGACAUGAACCUCCUCUACCGAAAAACCAAGCUGGAGUGGAGGCAGCACAAAGAAGAGGAGACCAAGAGGAGUUCCAGUAAGGAAGUGGCCCCUGCAGGCCCAGCGGGGCCUGGGGCUGGCCCAGGGCCCGGGGUCCGAGUGCGGGACAUCGCCUCCCUACGUCGUUCCCUCAGGAUGGGCUUCAUGACGAUGCCCGCCUCCCAGGAGCACACCCCGCACCCCUGCCGCAGCGCCAUGGCCCCACGCUCCCUCUCCUGCCAUUCGGUGGGCAGCAUGGACAGUGGACCUGGGGGUGGGGGUGGAGGUCUCACGGAGGACAGCAGCACUCGAAGACCCCCAGCCAAGCCCCGGAGACACCCUAGUACCAAGCUCAGCAUGGCAGGAUCAGGGACAGAAACGCCUCCCAGCAAGAAAGCAGGCUCACAGAAGCCCACCCCGGAGGGCCGAGAGUCCAGCCGCAAGGUUCCACCGCAGAAGCCCAGGCGCAGCCCCAACACCCAGCUCUCUGUGUCCUUUGACGAGUCUUGCGCCCCAGCGCCCUCCGCUCGCGGGGGGAACUUGCCCCUGCAGCGCCUCAGCAGGAGCUCGCGGAUAGCUGGUGACCCCGACGCCGGUGCUCAGGAGGAGGAGCCGGUGUACAUUGAGAUGGUUGGGGAUGUCUUCAGGGGAGGAGGACGAAGUGGAGGGGGCCUCACAGGACCCGCUCUUGGAGGUGGGGGCCCAACUCCUCCAGCUGGUGCCGACUCGGACUCGGACGACAGUGAGGCCAUAUACGAGGAAAUGAAGUACCCCCUGCCCGACGAGGCAGGGGAAGGCCGGGGCGGUGGAGCCCACCCGUUGUUGGCCACCUCCCCUCCACACCACCAGCCUCAUGCCCUCCAGCCCCACCUCCACCGCCGUCCAGCUUCAGCCCUCCCCAGCCGGAGGGAGGGGACGCCCACCAAGACCACUUCUUGUGAAAUCCCCCCGCCCUUCCCCAACCUCCUCCAGCACCGGCCUCCGCUCCUGGCCUUCCCCCAAGCCAAAUCUGCUUCCCGUACCCCUGGUGAUGGGGUCUCAAGGCUACCGGUCCUCUGCCACUCCAAGGAGCCAGCAGGUUCCGCCCCAGCUCCCCAAGUGCCUGCACGAGAGCGGGAGACGCCUCCCCUACCGCCUCCACCCCCUGCUGCCAACCUGCUCCUGCUGGGACCUUCAGGCCGAGCUCGGAGCCAUUCAACACCAUUGCCACCCCAGGGCUCUGGCCAGCCCCGGGGGGAGCGGGAGCUCCCCAAUUCGCACAGCAUGAUCUGCCCCAAGGCGGUGGGGGCGCCGGCAGCCCUCCCUACCCCAGCCGCCUUGCUCCCUGGCCCUCCCAAGGACAAGGCUGUGUCUUACACUAUGGUGUACUCAGCGGUCAAGGUGACCACACACUCCGUCCUGCCGGCUGGUCCACCCCUAGGUGUCGGGGAGCCAAAGACAGAGAAGGAAAUCUCCGUUCUCCAUGGCAUGCUGUGUGCCAGUUCGAGACCUCCUGUGCCAGGAAAGUCUAGCCCCCAUAGUGGGGUCAUGAGCGCAACAGCUGGGGUCCUGCACCACCGUGGCUGCCUGGCUUCCCCCCACAGCCUUCCAGACCCAACGGCAGGCCCCUUGACCCCGCUCUGGACCUACCCAGCUACAGCAGCUGGGCUCAAGAGACCCCCUGCCUAUGAGAGCCUCAAGGCUGGGGGGGUGCUGAACAAGGGCUGUGGAGUGGGGGCACCAUCCCCCAUGGUCAAGAUCCAACUGCAAGAACAAGGGCCCGAUGGGGGUGCCUUUGCCAGCAUCUCCUGUGCCCAUGUCAUCGCCAGUGCAGGAACGCCAGAGGAGGAAGAGGAAGAGAUGGGCACAUUUGGGGCAGGCUGGGCUCUGCAGAGGAAGGUCCUGUAUGGAGGGAGGAAGGCCAAAGAACGGGACAAGGUCGAGGACGGUGCGCGGGCCUGGAAUGGCAGUUCCGAGGGUCCAGGCAAGGUGGAGCGUGAGGACAGGGGUCCGGUGGCAUCGGGGAUUCCUGUGAGGAGCCAGGGGGCAGAGGGCCUGCUGGCCAGGAUCCACCAUGAUCGAGGAGGGAGCCGAACAGCUUUGCCCAUCCCCUGCCAGACCUUCCCUGCCUGCCACCGAAACGGAGACUUCACAGGAGGCUAUCGCCUGGGGCGAUCUGCCUCCACAUCCGGAGUCCGGCAGGCCGCGCUCCACACACCCCGGCCCUGCAGCCAGCCCAGGGAUGCCCUGAGCCAGACCCACCCUGCGCUGCCGCUGCCCCUGCCGCUGCCCCUGCCCCCCCAGCCGGCCCGCGAGCGCGACGGCAAGCUGCUGGAGGUGAUCGAGCGCAAGCGCUGCGUGUGCAAGGAGAUCAAGGCGCGCCACCGCCCGGACCGCGGGCUCUGCAAGCAGGAGAGCAUGCCUAUCCUCCCCAGCUGGCGGCGGGGGCCCGAACCCCGCAAAUCUGGCACCCCACCCUGCCGCCGGCAGCACACAGUCCUCUGGGACACUGCCAUCUGAGGAGGGAGCGGGGCGGCCAGGGACAGCUGGCCUGGGGGGGGGGGGCCAGCGGAGCUCUGCUUUUGACUUGAGAGAGAGAGAGAGGGGACCCAGGGGAGCGUGCCCCUGCCAGGCCCAUCGGGGCUUGGGGUGUUAUUAGCAGCACCCCAAGCCAUCUGGGCAAGGGAGAGGGUUUGCUUGAUGUCGGGAGAGGGGGCGGCCUGAGUGCCCUAGACCCCUCUUCCGGGGGGAAGGCCAAGGCCAAGGUGGAGGUCACCGUGGGGGAAAGAAAGAGGGAGGGGUUUGGAGGAAGGUGGGGCGGGGCGUAUAGAAGGGGACCGCUAGCGUGACCCAGAGAGCUGCUCUUACUGAGGGUCGGGGGAAGCCGGGAAGGGUAUUUAUUUUGUUAUUUAUUUUAGUCUGUAGAACAAUUCUGGGCCCUUCUGACCUACUCCAGAGCAGAGGGUGGAGAAUGGAGCCUGAGAUUGCACUCUCUCCAAGGCCCGUGCCUAAAGGCCCGCCCUCCAUGCCCACCCAGAGCCCAGGGACGGGUCUGCUUAGGUAGUGGAGUCAGAAGGGAAGGGCUCAGACAAUGUACAGUAUUUACAAUUUUGCCAGAAUUUGGUAGUGAGUGUGGCCUGCUUGGAAACAGGCAUCUUACGUAGUUCUGGGGUGAGGGGUCUAGCCAGGAAUG